AUGGAUCGUGGGCGUUCCGGGCGGGACCCGCCGACGGAUGACGUCGAACUUGCCAGCAGCAACGCUGCCACUGUACACCAUGACUCGACAGGCUCAUCGAUCGAUUUCAAUCCAUUCAGCGCGGUUCUCGAUCGCCAUAAAAAUGACGACGACGACGCAUUGCCGGCAUUCGAUAUGAUGAAUUCGCCAAUUUUCAGCAAAUAUGGCGAUUUUCAUACGAUUGAUUGGCAACGCGAUUUGGCGAGAGAUCGAUUACGACAUAAGAUGAUCGCGAGAAAAAAAGUUGACUUCCCAUUGGGCCUUUUACAAUCGGGUUGGGACGCCGGAGCCGGCUGGAUAUGCGUUCUAUUCGUCGGUUUGGCGUCGGGAGCCACCGCCGGAAUCAUCGACAUCGGCGCGCGUUGGAUGAGCGAUUUGAAGACGGGCGUGUGCGCCGAUCGAUUCUGGCUCGACAAAGAGCAUUGCUGUUGGAGCUCGAACGACACGUUCUACAAAGACGACGAUUGUAAGGCGUGGACGAAAUGGCCGUGGAUGCUGAACUACUACAACAGCGCCAGUCUGCUGUUCGUCAUUCUCGAAUGGAUGUUCUACAUCGGUUGGGCUGUGGGCAUGGCGACGCUCGCCGUCCUCCUCGUCAAAGUGUUCGCGCCAUACGCUUGCGGUUCGGGAAUCCCCGAGAUCAAGUGCAUCCUUUCCGGCUUCGUCAUUCGCGGCUAUCUCGGCAAAUGGACGUUCAUCAUCAAAUCGGUCGGAUUGAUCCUUUCAUCCGCUUCAGGCCUCUCGUUGGGAAAAGAGGGACCGAUGGUCCAUUUGGCGUGCUGCAUCGGCAACAUUUUCUCGUACCUAUUCCCGAAAUAUGGAUUGAACGAGGCGAAAAAACGCGAGAUUCUGUCGGCGUCGGCGGCCGCCGGCGUUAGCGUCGCGUUCGGCGCGCCGAUCGGCGGCGUUCUGUUCAGUCUCGAAGAGGCCUCCUAUUAUUUUCCGCUCAAAACCAUGUGGAGAUCGUUUUUUUGCGCGCUCGUCGCCGGCAUCAUAUUGCGUUUCGUCAACCCAUUCGGAAGCAAUCAGACGUCGUUGUUCCACGUCGAUUACAUGAUGAAAUGGACGUUCAUUGAGCUGGUGCCGUUCGCGAUUCUCGGCCUGUUCGGCGGCAUUCUGGGAAGUAUGUUCAUUUUCGGCAACAUCAAAUGGUCGAAAUUCCGGAAGAACUCGAAAUCGCUUGGCGGCAAUCCGAUCUAUGAGGUCAUGAUCAUCACGUUCAUCACCGCCGCCAUCGCCUACUUCAAUCCGUUCACGAAAAAAAGCGCGGCGAGCAUGAUCCAACAGCUGUUUGAUCGUUGUGAGGAUCAUGUGGAAGACGACGAUCUCUGCGAUCAGAAUCGAAUCGGCGCCGCGUUCGGCCAACUCCUUUGGGCGUUGGUGUUCAAAUUCGUCAUCACCAUCUUCACGUUUGGCAUCAAGGUCCCUUGCGGUCUUUUUGUGCCUUCCAUCGCAAUGGGCGCGAUUUCGGGGCGAAUGCUCGGAAUUCUCGUUGGCGAGGUGUUCCAGAGGAUCCAGUCGCAAGCGGACCAUUCCGAUUAUUUCACGUGUCAGGUUGGCAAGGAUUGCGUCAUGCCGGGCUUGUACGCGAUGGUUGGCGCGGCGGCGGUGCUCGGUGGCGUCACGAGAAUGACGGUGUCGCUGGUGGUCAUCAUGUUCGAGCUCACCGGCAGUUUGGAGUUCAUUGUGCCGACGAUGGUGGCGACGAUGUUCUCGAAAUGGAUUGGCGAUGGAAUUAGUAAAAUGGGAAUCUAUGAAGCGCACAUUGAAUUGAAUGGCUAUCCAUUUUUGGAUAGCAAAGGCGAAUAUCCGUAUUCGACGGUGGCCUCCCAAGCGAUGAGGCCGUCGAUUAAUCGGCCGCCAUCGGAUGAUAUGGCAAUGAGCGAUUUGAGAGAGCUGAAGAAUGAAUUGAGCGUCAUCACUGAGCAUGGAAUGACACUCGGCGAUAUUGAGAGUUUGCUGAGACAGACGGAUUUCAACGGAUAUCCUGUGGUCGUUUCGCAGAACAGCAUGCAUUUGGUGGGCUUCGUCACGCGGAGGGACAUCUAUCUGGCGCUGCACACCGCCCGCAAGACGCAGCCGUAUGUGGUGACGAACUCGAUAGCUUACUUCACCGAUCAGAUACCCGAAGCUCAGCCGGGAGCGCCAGCGCCGCUACGAUUGCGCAAGAUUCUCGAUAUGGCGCCGAUGACAGUGACGGAUCAGACGCCGAUGGAGACGGUCAUCGACAUGUUCCGGAAGUUGGGACUUCGUCAGGUGCUGGUCACCAAAAAUGGAAAAGUUCUUGGAAUCAUCACCAAAAAGGAUAUUCUUCAGGAAAAAUUGAAAGAAAUGCAGAAUGAGGGAUCGGAGGCGAAAACGAAAAUUGAAGACGGCGGAAAAAAGGAGGAAUAUGCGAAAAAUGUGCUGUCAACGUACACUUGGUAUCACGGAACGAUGCUCAAAGAGAACGCCGAGCCCCUUUUAAAGUGGCACAACUCAUUUGUGGUGCGUCGAUCGGAAGAUGAGAGCGGCGUCAAGGUGUUCUGCAUUUCGCUCAACCUCAAACAGACGAUCAGCCACAUUGCGUUUCGCUUCGAGAACAACAAAUGGUCGUGCCCGCGUCUUUUGCAAUCGGCCGGUGCCAAAGUCGAGAAUCGCGAGUUCGACCAUCUCCAUGAGCUCAUCAAUUUCUGGUCGACGACCGAGAAGGGGUGUAUUCCGAUACCGCGUCCGAACGACAUCCUGCAACACCAUAUGAUCACAGUGGAGACGAAACUAGGAAGCGGCGCUUUCGGCGACGUCUGGAAGGGGGUCCUCAAAAAGUCGAAAGAUGGAGAGGGCAAGGAAUGCGCGGUGAAGAUGAUCAAAGGGGAUUUGAAGAGGAAGCAGAUGAAGGAGUUCUUCCAUGAAGCCUAUAUCAUGUCACUUUUCGAUCACGACAAUGUUAUACGGUAUUAUGGAACUGCUUGUUUGGCGGACCCGGUGAUGUGCGUAAUGGAGCUCGUCACAAAGGGAAACGUUCGGAGCUUUUGCCGACACACACCCGACGCGAGUGUCAAUCGAUUCACAGCGAUCGCCGCGGACAUUGUCAGCGGCAUGACGCACAUCGCGUCGAAAUCGGUGAUCCAUCGCGAUCUCGCCGCGAGGAAUUGCCUCAUCGGCGGCGACGACGUCGUGAAAAUCUCCGAUUUCGGCCUAUCAGUUCAGGCGACGGAGGUGAAGGUGGCGAAUCUGAAGCAGGCGCCGAUUCGAUGGCUCAGUCCCGAAACGCUCAACAAGGGCAUUUUCAGCGAGAAGACGGACGUGUGGUCGUUCGGCGUUGUGCUUUGGGAGAUAUUCUCGAGGUGCGCGACGAAGCCGCUGAGCGACAUGUCGAACAAGACGGUGAUGAAGACGGUCAAGGAUGGCGAGCUGCCGCACAAACCGCCGCCGCUGAUGCCCCAAUCGAUGGCGGAUAUUAUGACAGAGUGCUUCAAGAAAAAUGCUGAUGAGCGGCCAACUUUUGCGCAAUUGAAACCGAAACUAAAAAAGCUUGCCGAGCAGAAGGAUGACGGCGGGGAGAAGGGGAAGGAAGAGAAGGAAGCUGUCACGAAGAUGGCGAAGGCGAAGGAGAAGGACAAGAAUUCUGCGGAAAAGGAUAAAACGAUUUUAUUGGACUCGAAGGCGAAAUUUAGUCGAAUGGUUACGAAAACUAUAUUGCAACUUGGGCGGCGUAAUAGCAAAUCGGCCGAGGACGAUCCGAAGACGUUUGAGGCGAAAAGUGUGGAAAUGAAGAAGCCGGCGAAAAAAGCGGUUGGCGACGCGAAGGUGAAGAAUCCGAUAGCGACGGCGGUGAAGAAAAAUGUGGAGAAGCAGAAUGUGGCGAAACUUGAUAAAUCAAAUGAAGCGAAACGGAAAAAUAAAUAA